AACAAAACCCUCACAGUCAUUCAUUGGCCUUACUUUUCUCUCGCUUCGCAGCCAGCAGCCACCAUCACUGACCUUUCUCUCUCUCAACCCUUUACCCGUUUCCUCCACCAGACGCCGCCAUGGCCGGGAACUCCACCGCAACCUUAACCACCUCCGGCCGCCACUUCGUUUCUCGAAUUACUUCAACGUCGAUUUCUACCGCCAUUGCCGUUAUCACCGUCGCCAUUAACUGAAAUUCCAAACCUCGAUCUGCGCAAACUUCGUCUGCUACGAUCACAGCAUUGGCAUUUUUUUUUGUCCAGUUUCUGUUCUGAGUUUGAUUUCUUAGUCUUGUCCGGGAAUGGCUACCUUGAAGAGCUGCGCCGUUUGCUUCCGAGAGCCGGCUCUCCAGCUUCCGCGUCACAGCUAUGGUGAUAGCUACAAGAGGAGGAAUGCAAAAUGGAGAUCUCCACAAGCAGCUAUAAUACCCAACUUUCAUCUUCCUAUGCGUAGUUUUGAAGUUAAAAACAGGACAUCAGCAGAAGACAUAAAGUCACUUAGAUUGAUAACAGCCAUCAAAACCCCGUAUCUACCUGAUGGAAGAUUUGAUCUUGAAGCCUACGAUGCCUUGGUGAAUGUGCAGAUUUUAAACGGAGCUGAAGGUGUGAUUGUGGGUGGCACGACUGGUGAGGGCCAAUUAAUGAGCUGGGAUGAGCACAUUAUGCUCAUUGGCCAUACCGUCAACUGUUUCGGUGGAUCAAUCAAGGUGAUUGGAAACACCGGAAGCAACUCCACAAGGGAAGCAAUUCAUGCUACCGAACAGGGUUUUGCCGUUGGAAUGCAUGCUGCUCUGCACAUCAACCCAUAUUACGGCAAAACCUCCUUGGAUGGAUUGGUUUCGCAUUUUGAUAGCGUGAUUUCCAUGGGCCCUACUAUCAUAUACAAUGUGCCAUCACGAACUGGCCAAGAUAUCCCCCCAAGAGUCAUUCACAGAGUGGCUCAAAGUGUUAACUUGGCGGGUGUCAAGGAAUGUGUAGGAAAUGAUCGGGUAGAAGAGUACACGGCCAAGGGGAUCGUGGUGUGGAGCGGAAAUGAUGAUCAAUGCCAUGAUGCUAGGUGGGGUCAUGGAGCCACAGGAGUCAUAUCUGUCACUAGCAACUUGGUUCCAGGUUUAAUGCAUGAACUCAUGUUUGGAGGGAAAAAGCCAUCCCUUAACUCGAAACUGCUGCCUCUUAUGGAUUGGCUCUUCCAAGAACCAAACCCCAUUCCCUUGAACACAGCCCUUGCUCAACUUGGGGUUGUGAGGCCAGUAUUCAGGCUUCCUUAUGUCCCUCUUCCUCUGGCAAAAAGGGUAGAAUUUGUCAACUUGGUUAAGAAAAUCGGGAGGGAGAAUUUUGUAGGAGAGAAAGAUGUCAAGGUCCUUGAUGAUGAUGAUUUCAUCUUGGUGGAUCGCUAUUGAUCACCAGGUUUUGUCUUCAAACCUUAGGUUUCCUUUUCAUGUACUUUAUUUCUAUUUAUAUUUUUAGGUUUUUCUUUUUCUUCAUAAAAUAAAUUUCAUGAUGUUACAUUGUAAGGCAGAUUAUACUGUGUUUGGUAUUACUCUACAGAUGUGAGAUGUCGAUGCCUUUGGCACUGAAAUUUCUCCUAUAGUCAGUUAUCUGUAUCUUAAACAGUUUUAAUGUGCUUUCAUAUGUUUACUGGUAUUAUCCGAA